UCCUCUCCAAUCUUCUUUAUAUAUGCAAUGAAUGGUUUUCAAGUUUUCAGUCACUGCAUUUACACUCAGUUUGGUUGAACUGUGAACUUAGGUUGCUGGAGAAAGGUGAAAAAUGGAGGGGAAGUACGGCCGUACUAACGGCGGCAUACACCCCGUGGGGGUUCUCCCUUCUUGCUGCUUGAAAGCCAGUGUGUUUGAUCCAGAGCUUGAGGGAAAAUGCCAUUCAACAGUUGUCUCUGGAUGGUUCUCUCAUCCCUCUGAAAAUGGCAAGGCAUUGUAUUUCAACAAUCCUAUGUGGCCAGGAGAAGCACAUUCUCUCAAAGUAGAGAAGAUUCUAUUCAAAGAACAGUCUGAAUACCAGGAAGUAAUGGUGUUUGAGUCUGCAUCCUAUGGGAAAGUUCUUGUGUUGGAUGGCAUUGUUCAGUUGACUGAGAAAGAUGAAUGUGCUUAUCAGGAGAUGAUAGUGCACCUCCCCCUCUGCUCAAUCAAAUCUCCCAGAAAAGUUCUGGUUUGUGGUGGCGGCGAUGGAGGAGUUCUUAGGGAGAUCUCUCGCCAUAGCUCCGUCGAAGUUAUUGACAUUUGUGAGAUAGACAAAAUGGUUAUAGAUGUUAGCAAGAAAUUCUUCCCAGAGUUGGCUAUUGGGUUUGAGGAUCCCAGAGUCAGGCUCCACAUUGGUGAUGCUGUGGAGUUUCUGAGGAAUGCUCCUAGAGGGAAGUAUGAUGCCAUUAUAGUUGAUUCAUCAGAUCCCAUUGGUCCUGCUAAAGAACUGGUGGAGAGGCCAUUUUUUGAGACAGUGGCUGGAGCAUUAAGGCCCGGAGGAGUUCUCUGCAACAUGGCAGAAAGUAUGUGGCUUCACACACACCUUAUUCAGGACAUGAUCUCUCUUUGCUGUGAAGCCUUCAAGGGUUCAGUUCAAUAUGCCUGGACCAGUGUCCCAACAUAUCCCAGUGGCGCGAUUGGGUUUCUGCUGUGCUCGACUGAGGGGCCGCCUGUCGAUUUCCUGCACCCGAUCAAUCCCAUAGAGAAGCAAGAUGAUGGAACACUCCAAACUCACAGAAAGCUUCGAUUUUACAACUCUGAUGUCCACAAGGCUGCAUUUGCACUGCCAUCUUUUGUUAGGAGAGAACUCGGUCACCAUGCCUUAUCUGCAACUGGAGUUCAUUAGAUGUUUUGUUAGCAUUCAUUCAAAUCAUACUUGUAUUUCAUAAAGAAUUGGGUGGAUGCAGUCAAGGCACAGUAUAUAUUGUGUGUUUGAUUCUAGCAGAUAAGCAUGUAUGCAGUGUGAAAUCAGUGUAAUUGGCAAUAAUUAUGUUUUGCAGACCAUACAUUAACCCUGUAAUUUGCAGGAGCUAAGAGUAUCAUAUCAUGCUG